CUUCGCUCCAUGCAAUGACAUUGUGACCAAAUAUUUACGAAAUCAAUACGGGGAGUGUGUCUGUGCACGUUUUUGCUAUACAUGCUAUGAAUUUGUACCCGUCAUUUACGAAAUCUAUACGGGGAGUGUGUCUGUGCAAGUUGUUGCUAUACAUGCUCUGAAAGACAAAGUUGACCGACACAGUUUUACAAUAUGACACCAAUGUCUACGGGAUUCACUGAAGAGCGACAGGGCAAAGCACAGAGUCCUGUAGGAAUGGAUUACAUCCCCACAGAAGAUGAGAGGAGAGUCUUCAGAGAAUGCAACCAGGAGAGCUUCUGGUACAGAUCCGUGCCCUUCUCAGUGGUCAGCAUGCUUGUCACUCAAGGCCUCAUCCAUAGAGGAGUUCUGACGUUGUCAUCCAGGUUUGGAUCUCUCCCUAAAGUGGCCUUUGCGGGGCUGUGUGGCUACCUGGCAGGGAAGAUAUCGUACAUGAAGCAUUGUCAGGAGAAGUUCAAGAGGCUGGAGCAGUCCCCUCUGGGAGAAGCACUGAGACAGAAGACCAGACCCAACGCACAGUCGUCUCAGGGCCCCCAGUCAGAGAUGAGUGACCCCGACCAGGUGACCUUUGACCCCAUGUUCCAGGCCUCUGACCCCCAGAGCCAGGUCCCACCCCACGCCAGAGACUAUGGAUACAGUGACGCCCCCACCGCAGCACAGACCAGCCGCACCGCUGCAGACGUCGACUACAACAUGCCAGCCCAGUCGUUCCUGGAUGACGAGGAGCCCAGGAGUAAGCCCAUCAUGUACGAGGAUCUAAGGAACAAGAACCGAGAAACCUAUGAGGUCACGCUUACCCAGAAGGCUGAGACGCUGCUUAAACCAGAGUCUGACCGGCCAGGGAGGACCGCCCCCAAGAAGGACGCAGGGAAGAAGAACCUCUACGGAGACAGCUUGGAGGAGUGAGUCUCUCCAUCUGUUAUCACUGACAGUGCUGAUUGGACUACAAUACCCACAAACCCCUGUGGUUGCUUUGCUAUUAUUUACAUCUCAAUUUAUGAAUGUAUGGGAUAACCUCAAUUGCAUUUCCUUGUGUCCUCAAAACCCAUUGGAUGAGAAGGGCAGAGGGGCGGCAGGUAGCCUAGUGGUUAAGAGCGUUGGGCCAGUAACCGAAAGGUCGCUGGUUCAAAUCCCAC